ACCGAGAACUCACACGCUAGGCCGGAGAUUGACGUUAAAUUUGUAGUCAACUGUUAUUUGGUGGUUGGUGUUUUUUUACAGGUUUUUAUUCGUGUGGUAUAUUUAUUGUAUUUCAUUUUAUUCAGGAAAUUUUCCGGCAUGGCUUGGAGAAUGGCGAGACGCCGAAUGGCUAAAUUCAAAUGUCUCAUGACUUCCUGUCUGAUGUGUGGAUUCCUCUUGCUCGGGACGAUACUUUUUUUACAUUUUCGCUUACCAAAAGAUUCAAUACUAAAGAUAAAUUCCUUGGAAAGCUUCUCAUCUCCGGACACGAUUGAGGAUAUUUUCCAAAACCGGAAGUUAAGCGCUCACCAUGCGUGUGAGUCCCACUGGGCCUUGAACUUGGGAACCAACGUGAGCGCCUGGUCGAUCUUCUACGACAGCCGGAUGAGCAUGGUGUACUGUCAUGUGGCCAAGGCCGGAUGCACGUUCUGGGCACGUGUUUUUAACUUCCUCAACCAGACGGAGUGGAGCCGAAAGUUCCAAUCGCCGUUUGACAUCAAGCGGAUAGACGUUCACAACAGGUCGUUGACCCCGAUUCGAACCUGGGCCGAGGUUAAACCGCAACUUCCGGUGACGUCUAAGAAGUUAAUGUUCGCCAGAGAUCCCUACGCGCGAUUGUGGAGCGUUUACUUGGAUAAAUACUACUUACCAGAUUUUUGGGAGCGGUUGGAAUUCUCCUCCAAUAUCUGCCACAACAACGUCACUUUCACGCAGUUCCUGGCGUUCGCGAUGACGUCAGACGACAACCACAUGAGCACGGUGGCUGCCGCUUGCAACCCGUGCGAGUUCAACCCGGACUUCAUCGGAAAGAUGGAAACGUUUUCGCGAGAUGCGCAAGAAAUUUUAAAACGUUUCAACUACAGCUGGCUUUUAGACGGCCUCGACUUUGUCAAUUUUACUGUGAUAGAAAUCGAGUCAAUACUUUCAAACUAUUACCAGCUAUACAGAGACAACUCUCUCCAUAAAUGUUUAUCACAGAAAGACUUAUCCAGAAGAUUGUGGAAAGUUUUUCAAACCAACGGUCAUAUUAGACCGACUUUCCUUUUCCCCGAAGAUCUAGAUGAUUAUUCUGAACACAAAAUUUUAACGCUAUUAACAAAAAGUGUGAGAUCGAAUCCGCUCAGGGAAGAGGACGCCAUCAAACAAAAAAGAUCGUAUCUCAUUGAAGCGUACAGCAGUGUACCUGUAGAGUACAUUAAAGCGAUUCAAGAAAAAUUUAGAGUUGAUUUCGAGAUGUUUAAUUACGAUGUGAACCCUCCGAAGUCAAUAAAUAGUGAUGUUUUUUAA